AUUCACCAAACCUACAUCUGGCGCGUACACUGGAUUCCGAAUUCCCUGGUGAAAGCCACCCUAUAAAUGGACGCUGACAAAGUCCCAGCCCCUACAGAUCACAGCCUCCCCAAAUCUGCUCACGAAUUGUCACAGUUUUAACAUGGCUUCCAAGUACAUCAUUGGCUCUGUUGCUGCAUCCUUUGCAAUCGCAUAUAUAUGCGACCAUUCUGUUUCUGAUGGCAAGCUAUUUGGAGGUACAACUACCAAAACUGUUUCAGAGGAAUGGUGGGAAGAAACUGAUAAGAGGUCCAAUGCUUGGCCUCGAACUGCAGGGCCUCCUGUUGCGUUGAACCCUAUCAGACGCCAGAAUUUCAUUAUCAAGGACCAUUCUCGAUCUUGAAGGUGCAUGCUCAGCACAUUAGUUGUUCAUUUUGUUUUUGAUCUUUGGACUUGUGAAGCCUCAUCUUCCUAGGAGGAACCAACCUGCAAGCAAUGCCCAUAAUUUUCCCACAAUCCCAAUUUCACCUCAUCAGGGAUGAAUAACCAUUGCUGUAGCAAUUCUUUGGAAAAUGCUCAUUUUGUUUUUGGUCUGUUAUUUGAUGCAUGGAUUCAAAUUUUCCUAUUAGGAAUUUUGACUAGAUGAAUUCAUUUCUGAAAUAAAACAUGGGCGUUUCUAACUGAA